AUUCGAAGAUCUAACAAUGAAAUAUUUCAUACAUUAGAUAAGAACAUGUGGCUAAAACGCAUCACAAGUCACUAACUCACGACAAAAAAUCUUUCUAAUUCGUCAUUUUACAGUAGCCCAAAAGAAAACAUACAGCCAAAUACAUAACUUUGGAUACAUCAAGAAUGAAAGAAUACAUCGUGCUACUAUCUGUUUUAUUGUCAACAGUACUUGCCGUUCCUCGAAAAUAUGUAGACGGUCAUCCUCAAAGCGAUUCAUGGGGUAAAUUAGCCCCAGCACAGGCUGCAGAGGCUGCUCGAAAUGACCAAAGAACUCGUCAAAACAGGCUGCAGUACGGGGGGAAUGGUAAACUAAAUCCUUACAUCCAAGGUUAUCCUCAAGCCCAGUCCCUGUAUAACCAAGCAGGUCAAUAUGGAUCACAAUAUUAUCAACAAGGAUAUGGUCAACAAAAUUGGCAGCAGUACGCUCCUAAUAGAGUUGCGGGUUACAAUCAAUAUGGCGCUGGAGAGCCUACUGCAGGUAAAUUUAACAAAAAAAAUGGAGAAAACAUCAACUCACAAGGAUUUGGACAAUUUAUGCGAGCGCCAAUAGUUUCAAUGAAUGGCCAAGGUCAAUAUGGGCAACAAAGUCAAUAUUUUAUGCAAGAUCAUUAUGGAGGAUCGCCUCAAUACGGAAUGCAAGAUGCGUAUGGACAACAGUUAACAGGACAAUGUGUGUCACCAUGCAGUCAAGCGUGUGCUCCAGCUUGUUCAUCACAAUGUUGUGGUGCUAACAAUGCAUACACUGCAAGACAGUUACCUCCGAGUAUGACGCAGUCAUCAUGUCCAGGUGCCUGCCCUAACUCUUGCGCUCCUUCGUGCUCGCAGAAAUGUUGCUGGGAUAAGAGAACAAUGAUACCUCGACCAGCGUUUAUACCUCGACCAUAUGAACAGUAUUAUAAUCAAAGAAGUGAUGAGUACGAGGCUGAUAUACACCCCGUGUUCAGUAAACGAUAGAUCCAACUUCCAUUUCAGCUGAAGAUAGGUGCAGCAUUUUCCUAAAAGAACAACAAAAAAAUAUAUGAAUCUGACAUAUGUAAAUAAUCACAGUGAAAUUUGUAUGUAAAGGAAAUAGUUUUUUUUUAUUUUCAAAUUAACUUCUAGUCCACUCAGAAGUAUUUAAAGUUUUAGAAUUACAUAGUACAACUAACAACACGUGAAUAGGCCAUAGCGAUUCCUUAGUACACGGAAUAAUUUAUUUUGAAUGACAACACAGUCGAACAAUGAAUGCAUGAAAGCCUGUUGUAAAAAGCACGUUCACCAUGACAGACCAUGAUUAAUUUGUACAUCAAAAUAAUAAUUUGACAUUUGUUGACAGCA